AUGGCUGCAGCACGUCCUACUGGUCUCAUCGCCAAGAAGGGCAUUGAGCUCUUGACCUUCGGAACUCCGAAUGGCUACAAGGCCAGCAUCAUCUUGGAGGAACUGAAGGAGGCCUACGGGCUCCCGUUCGUGGUCCAGAGCAUCAACAUCAUGCAAAACAUCCAGAAGGAGCCAUGGUUCACAUCGCUCAACCCCAACGGCCGUAUCCCCGUCAUCGUUGAUCACGACAACGAACAGCUUGCCGUCUUCGAGGGCAGCGCCAUUCUCAGCUAUCUGACGCGCAAGUACGACACUGAGCACAAGUUCUCAUUCGCCCUCUCGGACAAUGACUAUACCCGAGCUGAGUCUUGGAUUGGCUGGCAACACGGUGGACUGGGACCCAUGCAAGGUCAAGCGAACCACUUUGUGAGGUUUUCCAAGGAGAGAAUCCCUUACCCCACACAGCGCUACGUCGGUGAGACGGAGAGACUUUUUGGCGUUCUAAACACGCACCUCGAUAAGCGGGACUUUGUCGUCGGCCCGGAUCGCGGACGCUACAGCAUUGCUGAUAUCUCAAUGAUCGGAUGGGUGCAAGGCGCUCCCAUGGCAGGCGUGGAUAUCUACCAGUUCCCGAACGUCAAGGCUUGGUUGGAUAGAUGUUAUGAGAGACCUGCUGUUCAGCGAGGCAUUCAAAUCCCCAGCUCUCCGUACAUGUCUGUUGCCAGCAUGGAGAAGAGACUGAAGGAAGAGAAAGAUCUUGUCGAGAGUGAAGCAGAGGUGAAGAAGCAAGUCGAUGAGGCGAAGAAGGCUUACGGCUACGUCUACUCGUCGCCUUAG